AUGGACGGGUUUAUCGCGCGUUUGGCAGACGACACGACGCUUUUGGAAACAAAGCUAGCGCCAAUGCCGGCCUAUACGGUACUGCGACACGAACUGCCGCCCAUCCCCCGUCUGCCAGAUGACCGCGAAAGCCAAGAAGCGUACAUUCUAUACGAUCUAAUCUCUCUCCUGAGGGGUUGUGAGGGUGCUUAUAUUCAUUUUGAUAAUGAAGGCGGCGGGUUCGAGCCUAAUUCGUUGGUAGGUCGAAUGCGAGGUCCAAAUUUAAGAGUCCCUCGGGCUGUUGAUAGCGCUCUACGCGAUGUGGCCGACGAGAUCGCUGAAACUGCCAGACACCAUAUGGCGGUUAUUGCGUUUGCGGAGUACCUGUCUACUCCAAACCAAGGUCGAGUGAACCAUGCUCUUUCCGCAGCAUUAAUGGCGUUGUGUCAUAAUUUCAACGAGCUUGUCGCGUCAAUUGAUCGGGAAACUCGCCAGACCGGCGAAACUUCUUUGCACACACUCUUACUAUCUCUACUGCCGGCCAAAAAGGUUAUGGAGCAGGCGUAUCGACUCACUAGAGAGCUAUUAGUUGAGAUUAAUGGAACCGAAGCCACGGGAAGCAUUGGAGUCGAGCGAGUAAGCUUGAGAGGUGGUGCAGUGUUGACACUUUUGGCGCGUAGGCUGGAACGCCAUAAUGGAAACCCGGCCGCUCGUGAGCUGUACGGGGACUUGAUCAAGGAGGCUUCGAAACCAUAUCUUGAAAUGCUCACGCAAUGGCUGUACAAAGGUAUUAUUGAUGACCCUUACGAAGAGUUUAUGAUUGAAGAACAGGAAACAAUUGCAUCGGAAUUGGUGCACCGGGACUCUCUCAACACGUAUUGGGAAAAGCGAUACGUUAUCCGGGAAAACUAUCUGCCUCUUUAUUUAUCUUCUCCUGACGUCGCCGAACAGGUUCUACUUGCAGGCAAGUAUCUCAAUGUUAUCCAAGAAUGCGGUGGUGAUAGUAUCGUGGAAUGGUUGCCCAAAGCCGAUAUUCCUAAGUUUACUAGCAUAGAAGAUACUGGUCUGGCGCUAGCUGUAUCUCAAGCAUAUCAGCGAGCGAACCAGACCUUGUUGCGGCUGUUGAUCCAUGACCAUGAUUUGUUAGCUCGACUGAAGUCUUUGAAGCACUAUUACUUUUUUGACAAGAACGACGCAUUCCCCUUGUUUUUGGAAACUGCCGCUAAAGAACUGGCCAGGCCUGUCCAAGAUGUCUCGACACGCCGUUUGCAGUAUUCGCUGGAUAUGGCCCUGGCCCAACCAGGAUCAAGCUCGAGCCAGGAGGCGUUCGCUGAUGAAGUACAAGUUGGUAUGGCAGAUGACUCUAUCACUGACGCAUUACUGCGAGUAGUCCAGGUCCGUGGUGAUCGUGAUUUCGACGAACUGAUGGAGAGUAGCGUAUCUGUGGGGAGUGAACCUGAGCUAAGUGCUCUCGAGUGCAUUGUUCUCGAUUUCGACAUUCCUUUCCCCCAAUCACUUGUGGUAUCACGACCAGCGAUUCUUUGUUAUCAGUUUUUGUUUCGACAUCUUUUGCGAAUCAAAGUUGCCGAACAGAUUCUCAAUGGGUCCUGGAUCAAAGUCAGCCGGCACUCUAUCUGGAGACGCCAAAGUGAAAAUGAAGAAUUUGAGAAAUGGAAAUGGAGAGCUCUCGAGCUGCGCAGUAAAAUGGUUACAUUUGUCGAGCAACUACUCUAUUACUGCACCGCUGAUGUUAUUGAUCGCAACUCAACCGAGUUCUUUUCCGAGAUCAACGACGCACUGACAGUCGACAGUCUGAAAACGAAUCACAUCAACUACCUUGAUCGCUGUCUCACAGAGUGUAUGCUUACUGCUGUGGAGUUUUUAGUGCCGCAACGGGAUCUUUUGAAAACAAUUCGUCAAUUUGGCGAAUGGCUCAUUGCGCAGACCCCGCAGCUGGGGAUCAUCGAUGCCACAAAGCUCACCACUCGAGAAAGGUCGCAAGUCAUUCCUCAAUUGACCGAUGAUGGGUUCUUGAGCAGUGAAGAGUAUUUGGCCAAACUUGAGAACGAUCUUGAGUAUUUCUCGCAUCAGUUCUCGCAGGGCUUGUUGCCGUUCUUCGAUACCCUCAACAUCGCGGCAUACGACAGCAGUGCAUUGAGAUCGUUGCUAGCCCGUCUCGAGUCACUUGUCGAUUCACCAUAG